AAAGCUGGACAGGUACAAAUGCGAGAAGUCUGCUCGUCAGGUCCAUACCUGCCUGCUCCUCUGCUCCUCUGCAUUCCUGAAGACAUGAAAGGCACAAUGCUUCUUGUGGGACUUCUUGCGCUCUGCAUGACUCCUGGUCUGGCUGAAUAUAACAUCAACGUCAACGAUGACAACAACGUUGCUGGGAGUGGGCAGCAGUCAGUGAGCAUCAAUAAUGCGCACAAUGUGGCCAACGUUGACAACAACAACGGGUGGGACUCCUGGAACGCCCUCUGGGAUUAUCAGAAUGGCUUUGCUGCAACCAGACUCUUUGCCAAGAAAACAUGCAUCGUGCACAAAAUGAACAAUGAGGUCAUGCCCUCUCUGCAAACCCUUGAUGCUCUAGCCAAGGAGAAGGGUAAAGGAUCAGGGGGCCAGCCUCCAAAGGUUCUGAGGUACUCUGUCAGCUCUAACCAAGUUGAUGAUCUGAACAAAUUUGGACAAAACAUUGCUGGCAUGUGCCAGGGGCUUCCAACAUAUGUGGCUGAAGAGAUUCCAGAAACAAACCUGGCUUUUUACUCAGAAAAGUGCUACGAUGCUAAUAUACUCUGGAUUCUGAACAUUUCCUUCUGUGGAUCAACCAUUCAAAGCAAAUAAAAAUUAAAAAAAAAAGGGAAGCCACUCAGUCAUCUAAGUCAUCAGAGUAUGCUGUGUUGGAAGAAAAACAUAUGUUUUGAUUAUUUUUGUCAUGUCAUUCUGGUAAUGUUUUCUGCUAGUCAAUUGGAUUUCUUUAAGGCUCAAUAAACCUAUUUAGCACUGCAUUUGGUU